CCGAAUGAAUGGCGUUACUCAACCGAUGUCGCUAUGGGCGAGAGUGGACUAGGACUGGGAGUACACGGAGAUUAACUAACAUGUUAAACGGGAGAACAAUGGAAGAUUAAAUUGCACGCCUUCCCAAAUGAAGCGGACCGUGACACCCACGAAAGCCGGGUUACCACUAAUUACUGUUCUUUGGAUAGCUGAAAACACAGCUCUGCGGAAUGACCACAGCAAAUAAAUCAAUUCCUGCGUUCACGGAGAUUGGACGUUAGCAGUUUGAGGCAUCAUAUUUUCUGCUAAGUAUUGGCGAUUCGGCUGUAAAAAUGAACAGCUGAAAGUGACCUUCUGCUACCCAGUUUUGGACUAAUGAUUGACGGGGUAUUGUGUCCAAGACAAUGCAAGCAGACCCGCCACCAGGGUAUUGCGGUUUGGAGUGACGCUCUCUUGUCACGUUAGAAUGUGGUUGUACGCGAGGAAAAUCCGACGAUCAUGGAAGACGAUGAAAAGAAACCCUGUGUUAUGCGGUGUUCUCACUGCUUGUAUUGUCUUGUUUUGUAUAAGUGUUCACCAGAGUUUGGGACCAGAACCAGUUCAUUUUGAAAAAUGCAGAAUGGCUUCCGAUUCCCCCUGGUUGGUCGAAAACACAACCAACCUUGGUAUGAACAUCUCCGAACUGACCGAGUGUGACGUGUCUAUGACUGUGGUUACUGCCUUCUUUGACAUCGGCACUUUUCAAAAAGGGCCUCAUGGAAAUUUCUCAUUUUCGUUAUACCAUGACUGGGCAGCCUCGUUUCAGUAUCUUCGCAAUCCAUUGGUCGUUUACACGGACUCCGUGCCAUUUCGGAAUCGCAUUGCACAUCUGCGAUACCAGUUGAAGGAAUCGACGAAAAUUAUUUUUAUUAAAACAAAAUCACUAUGGUCCUGGAAUAUGAUUGACGAAAUGAAGGAACUGUUUUCCAAACCAUGGUAUCCGAAAUACCACCCGAACACAGUGAUUCCAGAGUACGCCGCAGCGCAGCACGCUAAGUACGCGGUCGUAUCCGACGCAAUAACACGGAACUUUUUUCAGACCGAGUUUUACUCAUGGGUCGACGUCGGAUACUUCCGCGAUCUAUCUAACAAGAAACCGUUCGUUUUAGUUCCUCCUCGUGGGUUUAGGAGGAAUCGCGUAGGAGCUAACGUCGUUGGUCACAAGCCAGCGAGAGAUCCUAAUAUAAAAGACAUAUUCUAUAAAAAUUUGUUCUGGGUCGGAGGAGGCAUGUUCUUUGGUGUAGCAGACGUUUUGCUUAAUUUUACCCGCCAAUACGAGACCGCUGUGCGCAUGCUUAUGAACAUGAAGCUGGCGGGUACGGACCAGCAGGUACUGUACUCGAUGUUUUCCAAGGAGGGAAGACGACUUCUUAAACCAAAAAUAGAACUGCAUCUUUUCUACCCUAAAGACGAAAUGAAUGGACACACUAAUGAUUGGUUUUAUUUAGGGUAUUACUGUUUGAGGGAAGUGCACUUUGUCCCGUCUGCCAAAUUGCUGCAGUCUCAAUGGGACCUGUCUGAAAAUACUACAGAGUCAUAAAGAGAAACUUCCACGUGUAUUUUAUGUGAAGUUACAGACGUAAUAUUUAAGAUAUCAACUAGAAUUGAGUUAAAGUGGCAAUGUUUUAUUUACUCAUUCAACGUAUAUACAAUAUAGAUCCAAAGGUAUUCACAGUAGCAUACUGUAUAUAUGUAUGCGUUUUUUACUGUUAAUUCAACAAAUAUUUUGCUAAUCCCAAGUGCAAAGUCGCAGGACUAAAUUAACUGCAGGGUAAAGCUAGCCAUCCAUUUAUCCAUCCGUGAUCCGUGUCCGUGAGAAAGUGCUAUACAGGAAAAACACUGCGAAACAUCCAUUGGUCCGGUCCGCGUCCGCGAGGAAUCGCUCUUAAACCCCAGUCUCACAUACACGAAUUGUAUCCUGAAUGGGCCCGAUUUAAGAAUUCUUGGUGAUUCUUGGAUAUACGUACUGAGACCGUAGGGGUAUCCUGGCCUUUCGUCAGUAUUAUUGAAUAUUCUGGAUCGACUCCCGACUGUUUUGAACAUGUUCAAAACUGUCGGGAGUAAUCGUGAAUAAAGUUGAAAUCGUAACUCAAUCUUACGAGUUCUUGAGGGCAUCGUGCGUAACCGUAGUAUGUUCGUAGACGCAAUCGGGAUAUUCGUGGUUAAACGUGGGGUAUUCGUAAGACUAUUGAAGGGUCUUUCUCUACCUCGGGCUCUUUCUCUGCCUCUGGUUCCCCACGGGUACGCUGGCUCUUCCCUCGUCCCUUGCGGCCGGUUGCUGACUUCUCGAAGAGCGGCAUAGUGAUGUUCACUGCUUCUAGGCAGAACGUCGAAUGAAAUUUGGCCUGUUCGGCAGCCUUCACAUAGGCAUCUUGCGGCAGUCGUACUGGUUCCUGAGGCAGUCGUACAGAUUCGUGUAGCAGUCGUGCGGAUUCGCAGGAGUGUCGUAGUAAUUCUUCACGCGUUCCGCAUUAUUCGCCAUGAUUCGUAGCGUAUUCGGGAAGGCAUCCUAGGGGACAUGUAGUAGGUCGUCCCGAUUCGUAAUGAAUCGGGUUAAAGAUCGUAAUGGUGUCGUGUUAGUACUUGCAGCAGUCGUGAGCAUUCGUACGCAGUUCGGGAAAGAAGCCGGAUCAUGCAAAUUUUGUCGAGAAAUCGGGAGCAAUCGGGGCUGCAUAGGAUCGUGUAUAUUCCUGGACAUCGGGGUAUAAUUCAUGUAUGUGAGACUGGAGCUUUAGAGCGAUUUUACAUUGACACGGAUGCGUUAUUUUGUAGGUUGGCAUGACCCCGAUGACAUCAGUGACAGUGGGACAUUUUUUAUUUAUUAUUUUUUAAUAAAUAAAUAUUUUACACAAUCCUGGGGUGGGGAGUAUUUUAACCUAUUUAUAGAUGUUUAAUUCACGCAUAUACUGACAUGGGCGCGAUCACGGAUCACGUAUGAAUGGAUGGUUAGCUUACAAUGCCUCAGUUACGCAGGGCGCCUCAAAUUAAAAUAUAUGAUAUCGUAUGGAAAGUAGCCUGCUGUAUUGUAUGACAAGUGACGAGCGCUUUAAAACAAUCCUUCAAAUGAACCUUUAGCCUAGUGUCUAUGUUCUGAAGUAGUCUUGCAAAUACAACUACGACGUUAAUAAACCCAGCAGUUCGUACCGAAUGUCUUUACGGUUUAGAACAGUUGGCAUUUUGCGGGGGUGGGUGCAUCGGUAUGCCAACUCUGAAGUUGGAUGCGUUCCAACCAGUGCACCACGACUGGUAUAUCAAAAGGCCGUGGUAUGUGCUGUCCUGUUUGUGGAUAUAAAAGAUCCCUUGCUGCAUUUUUAACAAUGUAGUGGGUUUCCUCUGAUGACUACUUGUCAGAAUUACCAAAUGCGUGACAUUCAAUAGCUGAUGAUUAAUUAAUCAAUGUGCUCCAGUGGUGUCGUUAACUAAACAAACAAACUGGAUGGAUCAGAGUAUGCGUUGCCACAACCCCACCAGUUGAAAAGCAAUCUAUAUAUGAAUUUGAAUGGGUUUGCUUUUUCCUUUUUACUGACGACGUUUCACAGGAAUGUAGCUCUUACCUCUCUGGCAUGUUAUUAUAAUAUACAGAGGCGGAUCUAGGGGGAGGGGGAAGGGGCCCGGGGCCCCCUAAAUUUUCUAAGUUAUAAUUUUAUUAUAUAUUUUUUUUUUUUUUUUUUUUUUACGAUCCCUCGCAAAACCUCUACCAAAGUUCCCUUGUCAUUCCGCCUCAUGUCAUUGGGGCCCCCCUAAAUGGAUUUUCUGGAUCCGCCACUGAUAUAUUUGCUACCUCACAUUUACACGCACACGCAAAUAUAUACAUGAAACUGCAUCGGAUGCAAAUUAAGAAAAUGUAUUGAAAGUGAUAUCACUAUUGCUUGGAACCGACUACGCAAUAUUCUACGUACACACUUCUUCAGAGAUUUUGUUGCACAAGAUUUUAUUAAAAUAUGACAAAUAAUACUCUUCAGUGCGCCUGUCUAACAGGCAUGCUAGUUAGAUUACAAUUAAUAUUAUUUAAUUAUUUUAAAAAGCUAACAUUUAGUUUUUUAUUAUUUUUAAAAAGAACUUAAUUCAUAGUAAUUGCCCCCAUCACACCUCAUUUCAUUUCAUUUCAAACACUAACGUUGGGGUGGGGUCAGGAUAUUCAUAUUUACUAAAUGUACUUAACUGCAGCAUUUGACUCUUUUUCAUUUUUUCACUAGUCGUCGGACAUGACAAUAGUAGUUAUUUACUAGCCCAACAUUGAAUAUCACUAGCCGUGGGAAUGGGACUACCAUAUUAUGAUAAUCUAGAAGUCUUGGUAUAUACUUUUGUUGACUCUCGGUUUGUCUGAUUUUAUAUUUUAGGAUUUGUGAAAAUGUGCAUGUGUACAAUUGUAUAAGUUAUAUGGAUGCAUUAGUGUGGAUGAUCGUAUGAAUAUUUUUUUUAUUUAAUUCAUUAAAUAACUUUCAUUUGACUAUGUGAUAAUUACAAAUAGAAGUAUUCGUUCGUGUUGGUGUUAUAAUAUGCAAACGGAAUAUGGCUUGCUGACGUGGGCCCUCAUUGGGUUAUUUCCUGCCAAAGCCAGUAUUCCAAGGAUUGAACGUCGAAUGAUGUGGUGUGUGCUGUCCUGUCUGAGACUCCACACCAAAGGUCCUUUGAUGCUAUGCACGUGGUUGUGAUAUACCUUUUCUAAAACGCCUAUUUGAGAGAACAGUGUGUCAAAUUAAUGCUGGAGAUUGAUUUAAGGACAGCUGAUUAGUUGUUUGAUUUAAGGACAGCUGAUUGGUUGUUCCAUGGUGACGAUCUAGACGUCAAAACUAAAAACGCCCACUGGAAUUAACACUACCAAAACCGAUUUUUUUUAAAAAUCUAUAAUGUGAAAGUUAAUUGGCAAGCCUAAGAGCCUGCAUAACUUUUAAUUGGAAUUUUAAUUGGAAAAUAUUUUUAAAUUUCAUUUAAACUAUUUGUUUUCGAAAAAUAUUUUU